CUCAUAGAGUCUAUUAAGUGGCAAAAAUUCAGGACAGAAAAUGGCGACGGCGGGGAGCCGGACGUUGUCGUUAGGCGGAUUAUUAGACUCCAGUAGCGGCACAAGCGUCGGGAACGGACUUCAGGACAGUUCCAGCGGCUCUACACUUUCGAACAGCAGCGGGAAAGUGAAGAGAAAUCCCGGGGAGAGUUCGCAGUGGAGGCGGAAGGUGAGGAGCGUGGAUCUGGAUAAAUGCGAGAGCGGGACCGCAGCGCUGCACCUCCUCACGGUGUCCGGUCCCGGCUCGAUCCAGACCGCAUUACUGCAGCAGAGCCUCGCCGAGCCGCCGCUCGCAGAGAAAACCAGCGAUAACCCGUGUCCCAGUGCUCAGGAAUGGACGAGGAGCUCUUUAAAGAGCAGCGAGAGUCCAGGCGCUGAUCAUGGAGGGACUGCUGCGGACGUGAACGCUUCACACAACAGUCGAGACAUGGAGAGCAAGGAGACUCUGCGAGGUCUGCAGAAGAUGGAGGACCGGCCAGAAGAGCGUUUGAUCCGAGAGAAGCUCAAGGCCACCUGUAUGCCCACCUGGAAGAGCGAGUGGCUGGAGAGGCGGAGCAGGAGAGGCCCGAUGGUAGUGAAGCCCAUUCCUCUGAGAGCAGACGGCACUGAGGCGGGAAGCGACAAUCACAGCUCAUCUUCCUCUCAGAGCAGGGGUCAUCGCAGCCCUUCACCUGGACCUUCCUCUUCUUCAUCAUCCUCCACUAAGACCGCUGGGAAGCCUGAUUCUCCUGGCCUGCGCAGACGGAGAGCCUCUCCGGUGCCUAGUGGGAGGGUGACGCCCCCUCGGAGAGCUCCUUCGCCUGAUGGCUUUUCCCCAUAUAGUCCAGAGGAGACCAACCGCAGGGUCAACAAGGUCAUGAGAGCCCGCCUCUACCUGUUGCAGCAGAUCGGACCUAACUCGUUCUUGAUCGGUGGAGACAGUCCUGACAACAAAUUCCGGGUGUUCAUUGGUCCACAGACGUGUAGCUGUGGGCGAGGGACGUUCUGCAUCCACGUGCUCUUCGUCAUGCUCCGAGUCUUUCAGCUGGAGCCGUCAGACCCUCUGCUGUGGAGGAAGACCCUGAAGAACUUUGAGGUGGAGAGCUUGUUUCAGAAGUACCACAGUCGCCGCAGCUCGCGCAUCAAAGCUCCCUCACGCAGCACCAUCCAGAAGUUUGUCUCUCGCAUGUCCAACUCUCACACGACGUGUACCUCCAACGCCUCCCCAUCCAGCAACGAAAGCAGCAUGAAGGAUGAGGAGGAGCAGAUGUGCCCUAUCUGUCUGUUGGACAUGCUAGAUGAGGAAAGUCUGACAGUGUGUGAAGAGGGCUGCAGAAACAAACUCCACCAUCACUGCAUGUCUAUAUGGGCCGAGGAGUGCCGGAGAAAUCACGACCCGUUAAUCUGCCCUCUGUGUAGAGCCAAGUGGAAGUCUCAUGAUUUUUACAGUUAUGAAGCACCAUCUACAGUGGAAAGCACAACAAACCGCUCCCAGAGUCAAACAGCUGCUUCUUCUUCAAUGUCUUCAUCUCUUCAUACCGAGAGCUCGAGAACGGGACAGGAGAGCGACCUCUCGCUCCCACAGUAUGGAGUGCAGCACAUCCCACAGACGUACACAGAGCUCGCCGAACCCUGGAUCAAGGUGUUUGGUUUGGAGUUGGUCGGCUGUCUCUUUUCCCGAAACUGGAACAUCAGAGAAAUGGCUCUUCGGCGGCUGUCACAUGACGUGAGCGGCGCCCUCCUCUUAGCCAAUGGCGAGCAUUCAUUGGCCGGGGCGGGUGCGGGGCUUGGGACAGCUGCAGGGGAGGUGUCCGGAGACGUGGUGGUGGAGUCCUGCUGUAGCGUGCUCUCCAUGGUCUGCGCUGACCCCGUCUACAAAGUCUAUGUGGCAGCACUGAAAACCCUGCGAGCGAUGCUGGUCUACACCCCCUGUCACUCUGUGUCCGAGCGGACGCGAUUACAGCAGCUGCUGCGGCCCGUGGUGGAGACCAUCCUGCUCAAGUGUGCAGACGCUAACAGUCGCACCAGUCAGCUGUCCGUCUCCACUCUGCUGGAACUGUGCAAAGGGCAGAUGGGGGAGCUCGCUGUGGGAAGAGAAAUCCUCAAAGCAGGCUCUAUUGGUAUUGGUGGAGUUGACUAUGUCCUGAACUGUAUCUUGGGCUCUAAAACGGAGGCCAAUAACUGGCAAGCACUGCUGGGUCGGCUGUGUCUGAUCGACAGGCUCUUACUGGAGUUUCCUGCUGAAUUCUACCCUCAUAUCGUAUCUGGUGGAGACUGCAACCAGGCCCAAAACGUUGUGGAGAGGUAUCAGAAGCUGCUGCCUCUUCUGAGUUUCGCGCUGCAGUCCAUCGAUAACUCUCACUCCAUGGUGGGUAAACUCUCUCGCCGGGUCUUCCUGAGCGCCGCUCGUAUGGUAGCGCGUGUGCCUCAUGUCUUCGUUAAGCUCCUGGACAUGCUCAACAUCACCAGCUCCACUCACUACACCCGCAUGCGCCGGCGUCUCCUGGCCAUCGCAGAGGAGAUGGACAUCCUGGACGCCAUCCAUCUGGGACUAGACGACCUACAGACUGGGCACAGUUCCCACUCCAGCGCUUUCCUCGGACCUGCAGCCCCCCAUAACUCCCCGUGCACGACCGAAAGAAGCUCUCCCACCCCUGAUCUACAGCAGCCCACCGCCAAGGUGGCGCUUUCAGGUCAAGCCAGUUCUGCUCCUGUGGACGAUAUAACAGAGAGACUCUCAAACGUCGUCACAAGCCCUGCUGAGUUUCCAAAGCCCCCCGUUCAACCCCGAAACAGACCCGUGAGUCAGUGUUUGAACUCCCCCUCAUCCGGUCAACCCCCAAACCUUCCUUCUCUGUCCAUGGCCAACGCCUCAGCCUUCCCUCCAGAAAACCCCAAAGCCCUGCCACAGAGUUUUAUGCCCAGCAAACUCACCCAGUCCUCACUGAAUACCCAGUGUAAGUUGCCUCUGCAGAGGGGACUAAACGGAGGCGUCUGUAAGGAGCCGGAGAAGCUGCCUUCGCCCGUGUUUACCCAAGCUCGACCACUAAGUCAGAUCCACCGGCCCAGACCCUCUCGCCCCUGUCCCGCUGCCUCAUCCGAAGGAGCUAAAGCUUUAAGCCCAGGAUCGAAGAGCAACAUGAAACUGGACCUUCAGGAGAUCCGGUCCAGAGACGACGUGGUCUGCAGCGGCGGAUCCGCUUUCAUCCCCAGCGAGGACUCGGUAUUCACUCCAGUGGAGGAGAAGAUUCCCGGUCUGGACGCCUCGGCCGAUCUCAGCUCCAGCAUGGAGGACCUGUUGGAAACCUCCAUCCCCGCGGCAAACAGCACAGUCACCUUUCAGUCUGAAGUGGCGGUGCUGUCACCAGAGCAGGCGAACACGAGCGACGACACGUACAGCGAAGACGUGACCCAGAACCAGAAGUGCAAGGAGAAGAUGGAAGCUGAGGAAGAGGAGGCGCUGGCGGUGAUCAUGGCCAUGUCUGAGUCACAAGACGCCUUGCCUGUCAUCCCACAGUUACAGGUGGAGAAAGAAGAGGACGUGAUCAUUAUUCAGGUGGAUACACCAGAGACUCUGCCUGGUCAUACCAAAGCAAAGCAGCCAUACAGGGAGGGCAAGGAAUGGCUCAAAGGUCAGCAGAUUGGCCUGGGUGCCUUCUCGUCAUGUUACCAGGCUCAGGAUGUGGGCACUGGCACUCUGAUGGCUGUCAAACAGGUGACGUAUGUGAGGAACACCUCCUCAGAGCAGGAAGAGGUGGUGGAGGCACUACGAGAGGAGAUCCGCAUGAUGGGCCUCCUCAACCACCCCAACAUCAUCCGGAUGCUCGGGGCAACCUGUGAGAAGAACAACUACAACCUGUUUGUGGAGUGGAUGGCAGGUGGCUCUGUGUCUCAUCUCUUAAAUAAGUAUGGUGCCUUUAAGGAGGGUGUGGUCAUCAACUACACCGAGCAGCUUCUACGAGGUCUGGCUUACCUCCACGAGAACCAGAUCAUCCACCGUGACAUCAAAGGUGCCAAUCUACUAAUAGACAGCACGGGCCAGAGGUUGAGGAUAGCUGAUUUUGGGGCAGCGGCGCGUCUGGCUUCAAAAGGCACCGGUGCGGGGGAGUUUCAGGGUCAGCUCCUGGGAACCAUUGCCUUCAUGGCUCCUGAGGUGCUGAGAGGGCAGCAGUACGGUCGCAGCUGUGAUGUCUGGAGUGUGGGCUGUGCUAUUAUAGAGAUGUCCUGUGCGAAGCCGCCCUGGAAUGCAGAGAAACACUCCAACCACCUGGCACUCAUCUUCAAGAUCGCCAGCGCUACCACAGCGCCCACGAUCCCGCCCCACCUGUCUCCAGGCCUGCGGGACGUCACCCUGCGCUGCCUGGAGCUCCAGCCCUCCGACCGGUCGCCCUCCAGAGAGCUGUUGAAGCAUCCCAUCUUCCGCCACAGCUGGUAGAGCGGGACCUCAGACUACUGAAGCUCAUCCUGCUGUCAUGCUCUUCUGUCUUUCUCUUGCCACAGUCACUGAAGAGGGCCCUAAAUGCUGUAGCCUCGAUACCUGAUGCAAAAACCCGCUAGCACAUGAGUGUCUGUAUGAAAGUGCCAUGUCUGUUUUUAAGUUACCUUCUGAAUCGGGUCGUCUUUAGUAACAGAGAGGCCGAGGUCAGUUCAUCUGUUAAAUCUCCUCACAUUUUAACACUGUUUGUGUCGGGCCUCAUGAUUUGUUUUACACCACGAAUGUGUUUUGGUGAAAGACAAAUCUUUGCUAGUUGAACUAGCACACCGCUGAAUGUGAAUGCUUAUGAUGCCGGUAUGGUUCGCUUUUCAUUUCAUUUCUGAAUGGAGAUCAUAUGUAUAAAUGUCUGCUUUUACUUGUUUGGGUGUAAUCGGGAACCUUUUCAAAGCUAUCACCCAAUUUUAGACUGUGAUGUGUGUCCGUAACUCUUAUUUUACUUGUUGCAAAGUCUCACUGGAACAUCAUUUCUGAUCUCCAACUCCAUUUCGGUUUUAAUGUUGUGAUUUGACUCAUGAUUCAGUUGUAAUUUCGGCUGUUAAUUGCUCAGCCAUGUUUUUGGUGCUGUUCUGUUCACAUUCACGAAAAAUCCAACAGGCGUUUUGUAAAUGAUUAAGCUUCCUAAAGGAGUAUUCAGCACCUGUACCUGAGUAUUUCCUCAUGUGUUAUUUACUCCGUUUCAUGCUGUUGAACAUUUCGGUGGAGGGAUCAUAUUUAGCUAAUGAUAUUUGUGCUCGUAAUCAUUGUUUUCCCAAAAACAAUUAACAUUAUGCAUGUUCUGAAGACGUGUCAGGUGUGUGAACUGUAGCUCUUCAAGUGUUGUUGCUGCUGACAAAUUUUAAAAGAAUAUUGACGACCUUAUUUGGACUCCCUUCACGCAAAUCUCAGAGUUUUAAACGUGACCAUUUCAAAACUAUUUUUAAAAGUAAAGUUAUUUAAUGCUAAAUUGUGGAAUACAGGCUGAUCAAGCUUGAAGAGUUCAGAUGUAAAUAUGAAUUUUGGUAGCUAAAUGUAUUUUACUCGACUCCUGCUAUUUUUUUAUUUUAUUUAUUUUAUUUUAUUUUUUGGAAACCACAUUUCUCAUCAUAUAAAUACUUAUUUUGUUCCUGCAUUUGGGUGUGUUUUUUUGUUUUGUUUUUUUAUGCCUUUAUAAAAGCUUUAAAGUUAUGCACUCUGUCUUUUUAUAUACUGGAAAGGUGUCUGUUUCAGUCAGCUUCAUAAAAUCUAAUCAGUAUUACUUGAGUUUUUCACAUCUUCUGUCAUUUCUUUUCAGUUCUCAACAUCUCAACCAGCUUGUUGCUCACUGUAUGUUAUUAUUCUGUUAUUUCAUGGGCUUUUUUGAUGAGGGCUGAACUGGUUUGUAUGAAAUGAUGCCGUUUCUUGUCACUUGGUGGUACUUUUUAUGUGAAGAUUGUCUAUUGCUGUUU